UCUCUUUUUUUUUUGAGCAACGUCUAAUUCUUUCUAAACUAAAUUAAAUUGAGCCUAAAACUUGUUAAACGACACGGAAAAGAGAGAGAGAGAGAGAGAGAAAGGAGCCAUUUGGGUUAUUCCAAUUCUCAUCAUCUCCUACGGUGAAAAAGGAUGUACGUGAGGGCGCUUCCGACAACAGAUGUGAACCGGAACACGGAGUGGUUCACGUAUCCUGGCGUUUGGACCACUUACAUAAUAAUCCUCUUCUUCUCGUGGCUUCUCGUUCUCUCCGUCUUCCACUGCUCCCCUGGCAUGGCCUGGACCAUCGUCCACCUCGCCCAUUUCACCGUGACUUAUCAUUCGUUCCACUGGAAGAAGGGAACACCGUUUGGGGAUGAUCAAGGGAUCUACAACAGGCUGACUUGGUGGGAACAGAUUGACAACGGCAAGCAGCUCACUCGCAACCGCAAGUUCCUCACCGUUGUUCCCAUCGUCUUGUACUUGAUUGCUUCUCACACAACAGACUAUCAACAUCCAAUGCUGUUCCUCAACACAUUGGCCGUCUUUGUAAUGGUGGUUGCGAAAUUCCCGCACAUGCACAAGGUCCGCAUAUUUGGAAUCAAUGGAGACCAGUGAAGGAAGCCUUAACAAGACUAAGCCUAAAAAGGGUAUGUGUAUAAUGCCAGACAAGUAGAUUUUGGAAGCUGGAAUACAAUUACAAAAGAAAAAUGCCAUUGUCACUCGCAUUUGAUUGAUUCCCAACCGCAUGUGUUACUCUCAUUCCAUGGCAUCUAUACUGUUUCUUUGGGGCUGCUUCUAAUCAAAUUUCUUUCUUUCUUUCUUUUUUGGUCUCUCUGUUUCUUAUUUGGUUUAGCGAGGAAAUCUAGGAUUUGGAUGAUUAGUUUGGGUAAGAAAGGGUCUUUGGAAUGUAUGCAACUCUUCGUCAUUUUUUUUUAUAUAUAAAGAUUAUUCAUUA